UAAGACACAGGGCUGGUUUUUCUCCUCCAUCUCACAUCAUCACCACAAACACCACCACCAUCAUCAUCAUCACCAGCGCCGGUCACGUGGUAAGUCGGGAGCGGGCGGUGGGUGUGUCUAAUCGCGUGUGGUUCCAUUCAUAACUAGAGUCUUCAUUUGAAGCCUAAAUUAAGGUAUGCAGAGGGGGCAGGCUGCCUGUGGAGCGCACCUUCUCACGUCGGAGACUUUACCCGGGUGAGUCCCAUCAUCUACCCCGCUCACAUCAGGAGCAGUUCGUUGACCUGAGCGCGUGAAAUGUGUCACUAUUUCAUUAUGUAAGAUGUUUGGAUAGGUAGUUUGAGUGGGGGGGGUGUUUGUUUGGCGGACAGUGGCGGAGACCGGUAGCCUACAUGUGAGACUGAUCGUGAUGUGUUGUUCCCCGCAGGCUGAGCGCACACGACGCGGAGAUGUGGGACAGCUCUGAUCGGAGGGUUUUCGGGGGCGAGAGGAAGAUGCUGCUGAUGCUGAAGAUGAUGAUGAUGCUGAAGUUGCUGCUGCUGCUGCUGCCGCGCGCUGCCGGCUGCAGCGGGUCUCUGUAGUCAGCCUGCACGGAGCCUCAACACCGCCUGUAUACACCGUAAGACCCUGCACAUCUGGAUACCCCCCCUCCCUUCUCCCCUCCCCUCCCCCGCAUGUAUGACUGCUGCUGCUGCUCAUAAACAUCCUGAACAUUAUUAUUAUUAUUCCAGUCAGCCAGAGGAAUUAACUAGAAAGUACCUCCGUCUCUGUCUGCCUGUCUGUCUGAGCCCCCUCCAUCUGUCUGUCUGUCUGUCUGCCUCCUGUGCUAUGUGGUUACUGCGCGAGAGGAUGUGAGGAUUUAUCACGCACGCACACGCACGGAUAGGCAACACGCACACGGGAUUUUUUUCUUGCUCUGUAUUUGUGUGCGUGUGUUUGUGCAAUUAAAUGAGGGGUGUUUAGUGUUUGCUUACUGGAAAACAAAAGAAGUUAAGAUUAAAAGUCUAUGAUUAAAAGUAAAUGAUAAUGGCAUUAUAAAAACGAUGAAAGCAUUAAAGCAACAAUUAAACUACUGCUGCGAGGCUACAGCUACUCCUUUAGAUAAUAAUAAUGAUGAAAAUAAUAAUAAUACAGAAAGUAAAAAGUAAAAUAAGAAGGGGGUUAUGAAAAAAAGAGAGAGAAAAAAAUUAUAUAAAAAGCAAUGAAGAAGAAAAAGAAAAAGAGGAAGACUACUCUACAUUUAAACUGCACAAACAUUUUGCAGAGAAGAUAAUCUGGAUGAGUGAUUACACAACAUAUAGUUAAUGAGUUUGAGUUAUCAGUACAAGUGUUCAAUUGCUUUAUAAUAUUAUAAUUAAAUGUUAUUGAAUACUUUGAUAUAGUAAUUACAUUAAAAAAAACAAUAAUGAUUUACAAAUCCGAACCUAUUAUGGAGUCGUUAUUCUGAGAUCAGCUGUAAGAAAAGCAAAAAUAUAGUGAAUGUUGCACUUGUAUCCUUUUAUGUAUCUUAAUUUGAGAAUUAGGUUACAUGGUGUGCAACAUCCAGCAUUGUUUCUAUAUUGAGUGUAAGAACUGAUAAUUGUUGAUUAUACAGAGUACCCUCUUCUUUUUAAAUUCAAGCUGAACUAGUGUAAUAUUUCAGAAAAUGCAAAAUUAGUCAGAAUUAGCAAUAUAGGGAGAAGUCAGUAAACAGAAUGAACAAUGUAAUUUAGGUGUAGUUCUGUGAGGCAGGUUAGUUACUGCAGUAAGCAGAGUACGAAUAAACCUCUGCCUCUCUUUUAACUGUGAGUUCAAUGUUGUCAGUUGACUGUAAAAAAAGAAAAAGACCGAAAGCCAGAACAUCUCUAAGACCUUCGAUGAUAAAAAGGAUAAGAGGAUUUCAUCAUUGAACUCCUCAGUGAGGUGACUUAAAACUAUUUUGUCCCUCAGAAAGUAAAAGAGCAAACUUUUUCACUGGAAUAUUUAAAAAGCUGCAACCACUGCUUUCAUUUUUUAUAUGUUUGAAAAUUCAGAUAAUACUUUACUUUGGUUCCCUAAUGCCUAAUAAUUAUAUAACCAUCAAACUGAAUUUUGUGGCACACAAGUAUGUUAAAACGCAUGUUUCAGUAACCGUGUGUGAGCUGUUAUAAGUGAGCUGGUUAUAAUUUAUAAUACAAUGAAACAGCUCUCAUGUAAAACUUAUCGUUGAGGGAAAAAAUAGAACUCAUUCCACUUACAUUUACAUCUACUUUUAAAUAAUCAUGCUCACCUACAACCUAGGUGUGAAAAAUCGUUGAUCUUAUCUAUUUUUUAACUCGGGUUCAAAUGUGGAUAUGUGAGUGAGUGGAUGUGUGGUUUCUAUUGUUGGAGUGUUCUCUCUAUUCAGAGCUCAGUCCUUUUCAGAGUUACCUUGAGCCAUUUUGUGUAUGAGAUGUUACAUAAAACAUGACUCUCACAUGGAGAGUGAGUGUGCGCUGGAGUUUGUGUAUGUGCGUAAGGUAUGCAGUCAUAGAUCGAUGUUACACAAGCUCCUCUCUGUGUGAAUGAUCAUGCCCUAUCGACUAGACUGAUUUCUUUUCUUUCAAUAUGUCUUCUGUAUCAUUAGAAAUUAAACUGGCUUUUGUCACUUUGGUAUGUUACAGGGAUAUAACCUUGUUUUAUGGUUAUGCAAAAUAAUUCGGAUUAACUUGAAAAGCUUGAUUUUAAAAUCGUAGUUUAAGAUCUUUAUUACUCACAGUGUAAGCCUCUAAUGACAGACACUGCCCAGUUGCAUGUUUGAGGCUAUGUGUCAGGAAAAUUCAUGCUCCGCUGUUCACCUUUGACCAGCCUUUUGAUUUUAACUUUCUCUUAUAUGAGUCAUCCAACAACAUAGGUUAGGUACUUGGAAGCCAGAAUGACCAUAACCAGGACUUAUGAGGCCACGAGUUCAAAUUCCCAAUACACAAGAUCAGAACUGUAAUGAGUUUUUUAAGAGACAUCCGACAAUUUUUAAACUGUUAAUUUGUAUUUUUUCUCUUAUCUUUCCUCAUACCUCGUGGUACUCUUAAUGCUUAAUUCCACUUAUGUAAUCUGCAAAAAGUACUGAAGAAAUUUAAUAUGACUAUUUAUCUUUUUAUAGAGCCAAAAACCCCAGAAAGACCCAGACUUAAAGUAUAUCAAAAUAAGCCUAGAACUCAGAAAACAAGUAAUUUCCCUGUUAAUGUAAAACACAAAUGACCCUGCAGGGUAAAUCUCUGCAGGGAUGUCACCUAAAUGUCUUAGACACCGUAAGACCUGCACCUAAAUACAAAGACGAGUUAUACUCCAUAGUCUAUAAUAGCACAAUGGAGUCACACUCCUACAGACUACCUCCAGACAUCCCUUCACUCUUUUAGGAACCUGAGUGGACACAAAAAGAGCACAAAAAAACAGUCUCAUUUCAUGUUCUUCUCUAAGUUGACAGAGACAUAACAAAGUUUGACAACAAAAAGUUUUCCCCUUAAAGUUGAAGAUUCUGAGCACACCUGUUUUAUAGGUGAGCCGUGACAACCCUCUAUUUAUUCUAAUUUAUUGAAAAACUAUAGAGAACAACCUGCCUGAAAGUCCAAAUAUCAAAAGUGACCAUGAAAUACACAUGCAGUUGUCAUGUCAUAACAACAGCAUUGAAUCAGAGCUGUUAUUCUGGCUUUCCCCACCAACUGAUGCCUUAUAAAAACUAAAGUUUUGACUGGGGACUAUUUGGAGUUGCAGACUAAUCCUCAUGUGGCACUCUGCUGUCAGUGUCGGUGAGAUGAUAUAUGCCAGACUGGAUCAUGAAAGAGUGCAUUGAAGGUGUUUUACAUAAAAAAGAGCAGGUCACCAGGUGCAAAGUUGUGUCUCUUCGAUGUCUUUUAAUUGUUUCUAAACUUAAGUUGAGAUCUUUGGCACCACAAAAAUCAUCUUUUUGCUUACAGGUUUUGCUCUUUGAUAUUUCUAAAACUAUUCUGUCAUUUCAAGAAUGUCAUUUCUGAAUUCGCCUCCUCUCUCCUCUCCAAGGUUCACUCACGCUGACCUGGACCAUGAGCGAUGAUUCGCCUGUUCUGACAAGUCUGACCGACAACUCCACUGUGAGUACGGCUGCUGUGUACACCCACACUCUACAAGGACAUCACACACUAUCGUCACCUUUACAACACCUUGUGUCUGUCAGUGCUCCUCUGAGAUACUGGGACUUAGCCAAAAGGGUUGACCACAAAAACAGCGCAGUGUUCUGGUUACAGGUAUUAAAUUCCAGGUGUAGAGGACAGCCUGAUCUGUAUUUAAAGAGGACUGUGUGUGCUGCUGUCUUUGUAACUAAGGCAGUCAUAGGGGAAACUAGGUGUGUGGGUUAGUAACAUGGCUGUCAGCUGAUUGUUUGUGGUUUUCUCCCUGUUUGGCUGAGCCUGUAAAAACAGCAGAUUUCAUUAAGCUGAAGACAUCCGGACCAACAGUGUGUGUGUGUGUUGUUUGUGUGUUUGUGUGUUGGUGUGCUGCACAUACACAUGUAACUGUGGAUGUAUCAAUAUUAGCAUUAUAAAGCUGUUAUUUUUGGCUCUAAGACACACAAUCAUGCUGUUACUACCCUUAGAUUUCAACUGAAAGUGGGUCACGACAGCAUGUAAUGAAUGCAAAAAUAUUCUCCAUGUGUGCACGUGUUUGUGCGACAUGAGACCUACUUUAACAUCUUCUGGCCCGGAGCAGGUUUGAGGUUGAAUAAAAGAGGAAGUGUUUUCAUUCGCUCUGAUGUACACAAACGUCAGCCUUUCCCCUGCUGUCUCUGUCCUCCAUGUCGAGACUUUCUGCUGUUAGAUUGAACGUGUGACUGAAGCUGACACAGAUUGAUUGGUGCUUUUUUUCUCUUUGGGAACUACCUCCACCGUUUACAGUGAAUGCAGAGUCAACAUAAAAUAAGCUGUUCUUGCUCUUUAUCACACACAUACGCCCUGUGCUAUACACUACACCCACAUUAGAUGGCUGACAGGACACUUGGCACCUGCUGUUUAAAAAUUCAGACUCUAUUGUGCAAAAUCUCUUAUAUGCAGUUGGAUUUUUGUCAUUUUAACCUGAACUGAUUGUAAAGACAAAAUAAGGAUACAACGAUCACUAAUUCCCAGCUUGGAACUCCUUGAAAGAGAAAAUGAAUCGAGAGAUGAAUAAAUUAACUGAUAAGACGAUUAUAGGUUGUACCAUCAGUGCAGUCAGCAGCAGAUUUCACCCUGUUGCUCCUCCUGUUGAGUUCAUCUUCAUGGAAAGGUCAGGCUGUGCUCUGCGAGGUACAUCUUCAUUUCAUCCAAAGUUGUUCAACCUUUAACAUUUUAAAAUGCUUAAUGUUGCACUGGAGGAGUUUCCCAGUCAUGGUGGUGAAAAGAGCCCAAUUAUUCUCCGCUCUCUUUUGAUACUGACAUCGGAAGAAGAGCAAGGAAAGUCUUGUGUGGGGAUUGCUCAUGUGUGUCUGCAUCCUCCUCCUCCUCCUCCUCCAAAUUUCCAUUUUUAGCCUGCGGAGGCCUCAUUUCCCUCUCAUUGAGAAGAGAUGGGAAAUUGAAUUAAGGGUCUCGCUGACGUUUCGAUUAGCAUCCCCAAGCUCGCUCAGCCAAGACUGAGAGUAUUAAUCAGGAAGAGUAGCUGUGUGUGUGUGUGUGAGCGGGCGGCAUGUGUAUGAGCGUGCAUGUGGAUAAGAAUCACUGCGAGGAGAGGGGGACUUAAGAAAGUCUUUCAGUGCUAAAUCCACCCCUUAUUAAAUAUUAUAGUGUGUAUCUGACAGUGUGAUGUGACAAAGACAUUCCUCAUCGCUACAGCGCUCAAAGGGAGACAAAUCACUUAUUGACCCAGCAGGUCUUUAAAUCAGCCACUGAGCGCACAACAACAUGCAACCACGCAGAUGUUGUGCCAAAUGAGACUUGUGUUUUAGGCUGCACCAUAUCUACCAGUGGAACCAGUGGAAAUGUACGCCAUGUAAGACAACCAAGUAGCAUGAACCAGUUAUUAUUGGGUUAAAGCCACCAACCAAACUUAUCAAUACUGGCAAAAUCAAAACAACAAUCAAAACACUAUAAAAAGAGGAAUCCAGGAUCAUACCUUUGGUUCAAGACCCAUCCCACUGAGCAUUUUUUGGUCUAAAAGAGGUCUAAUAGACAUCUAAAUGUAGCCUAGACGACUGUUCAAAAAUCAGGCUACCACAGGUCUAAAAAUGAAAGUUUUUUAAAUGUCUAAAUUCAGACCAAGUUUAGACCAAGUCUAAAUCUGGGAUAUAUCUACACUACACUGUAUAUCGCUAUCACUAUAAUGGCUAUCAUCAUUAUUUUGGUUAAGAACUUGGAGAUCAGUUAUGUAACUCACAGUUGCUUUUUGAAAUAAAUAGUUAUCAAAUAAUGGGUUAAAGUGCAACGUCAAAAUUCCGUCUAACAAUAUACAGAAUCUAGACGGUUGAAAUUAGGUUAAAAAAACAACAACAGACAUUUAAUAGCCGUCUAUUGCUCAGUGGGAUCCUUGAUUCUCCAUGAAUGAGCAGUGGGCAACAUUGUAGGGGACAAACUUCAUGGGUAGAAACCUUCAGCACAACCAGAUUCACAGGUUAAGAUAAGAUAAGGUAAAAUAAGAUACUUCUUUAUUAAUCCCACAAGGGGAAAUUCCCAUUUACAGUUAAUCCUUUCAAAGAAACAUACAGCCACAUUAUAAAUUUAGCUAGGCAGAAGGAGAAAAAGGGAUUUUAGAGUCCCUGUACUCAGUGUAUUGAGAUGUUUAAUGCCUAUCUCUUGAUUGUUACUUUCUCUGUAUCAUUUGGAGAAAGACUAGAGAGGAAGAACACACCAGAUUUAGAGCAGCUACAGCAGGUUUAAAUCUGAAUCAUAUCCUGUCGGCUUAUAAACCUCCAGGAAAAAAAGAGCCUCAUCAUCCUUAUUAUUCAGUCCAGGGCUAAUAUAAGAAACUGAACCCUGGGAUUCAGCUCUGACAAGUCUUACAUUCGGAACUAUAUAAUUCAGAUUUUUCUUAAGACUUUUUUAAGGCCUUUUCAUGUCUUCAUUAAGAGGGCAAUGACAGUGGAUAACAAGGGAGACUGAAAGCAAAAGGCCAAAGUUGGUUCAAACCCUGCAGUCUCUAAGUACGGACAUGCAGUUUAAUAACAGCUUCACUACCAUCCCUACUAUUUAACAGCAUUCUUUUAUAAAGGGGUAGAAUGACUCUGUAUAAGGUUAAACUAUCAGAGGUAGAAAUACGUUUACGUCUAUAUACAAAUGAUUUGUAUUGAGACCUUUAACUGCAAUUUUUUUGUAGGUGUCAUGAUAUGAUGUGCUGCAGUUUUUUUUUUUUUUUUUGUCAAGAAAUAUUUCUAUGUUCCUGAGCGGUUAAUUUGUGCUUUACUUGUUUUAUAUCCUUGGAAAACUAUAAAACUAUGUAAAAAUCUCAAUAUUAAGUGACUAAAGCUAUAAAGUAUGUCAUAUUUUGAAUGACAAAGCAGUAAUAAAUACUGCCGCAGUCCUAACCUCUUGUCUCGGUGCUCUCUCUCAGGACGUGCCUGUGUCUGCAGGCCAGGUGGAGAACUAUGUGCUGCUGUUGGUGCUGCUGAGUGUUUUUGCGGGGGGCACGCUGGUGUUACUCUCCCUGCUGCUCCUCUUCUGUCACCGCUGCUGCAUGGGGGGGCGACGCUACUCCAGGUGAGUGACUCACCGUGUGGGACCUGACAGGCUCUGAUUCUAUUGCAAACACACACAGAGAGAUUAUAGAAACCAACGUGAUCGUGACAGCAGAGGAUUAAAGCUUUGUUGAAAAAUAAAAAGUGAAAGCUGUGAGGAGAGGGUUUUUGUUUCUAUGAAAGAGCAAAAACAAGUAGACUUCUUUCUGUCUUUCAGGGCCAGCGAUGACCUCGAGAAGACAAACACCACCUAUGCUGAGGAUUCUCAGCCCACCCAAGGUUAGAUCUAGACGCUUUAUUCGGUUCUUACAUAAAUUUUUCUAGUCCACUUUCAUAACUAACUCUUUCUCUGUCUGUCCUUGUCCGCUUUGUCACUCAGAGAUCACCAUUCAUCUGGAUGAAUCAGAUGCUCUCUCAGCUUCGAGCUGUCACGAUGGAGAGUCAGAGCGAUUCGUCUCCACUGGAUCUACUGGCCGUAGAGUCUCCUUCAAUGAAUCUGCACUUUAUGAACAGGAGAAGACAACUCAGGAUAAAGGACGGAGGUACUGCAGAGCAAAAGUGAAGUUCUUUGAGUAAAGGCUGUUGAUGUAGAGGGGAUAUGAUGAUUCAUCCUCUUUCUUAGGUACACUCUGACUGAGGGAGAUUUCCACCACCUGAAAAAGGCCAGACUGACCCACCUCCACCUCCCUCCAGCUCCAUGUGAUUUAAAGAUCCUCACCAUCAUGGAGUGUGACUCAGCAGAGAGCAGCACCAUCAACAUCAGUGAGGCUGACACGCCCAAACUGCCCCUCACCAUCUAUCAGGUAACACAGAGGGAUUUCUUUCACAGCUUUGGCUGGAUUUCUGAUCUCCAAACAGCGUAAACAGCCGCUCUCUGGUCCUUCAAGAACUAUCUCUCUUUCCAGCCCGCUGACAGGAGAGUCCCUGAUUGGAAGGGACAGAGCCUGAGUGGAGGAUUGCCGGGACACCCACAUCACUCCACCAUCCUGGACCAGGGCCCAAGACCGGUUUCAUCGGUCCUUAAACCCCAACACACACGCUCCCAGACAGUAAGUUUAGCUUCCCCUAGGUUAUACCCACUGAGCAGUUUUUGGUCUAAAAGAGGUCAAAUAGACGUCUAAAUGUAGCCUAGAUGACUGGUCUAAAAUCAGGCUACCUCAGGUCUAAAAAUGGAAGUUUUUUAGAUGUCUAAAUUUAGACCAAGUUUAGACUAAAUCUAAAUCUGGGCUGUAUCUAUAUUACACUGUAUAUUGCUCAACGGCAAUCAUAAUUAUUUUGGUUAAGUACUUAGAGAUCAGUUAGUAACUCACAGUUGCUUUUUGAAAUAAAUUGUUAUCAAAUUAUGGGUUAAAGUGCAACGUCUAAAUUAUGUCUAAAAUUAUACAGAACCAAGACGGUUAAAAUUAAGAUCUAAAAAAAACUAGACCUCUAAUAGCUGACUAUUGCUCAGUGGGUGUCUAGAAAAAUACAGGCCACUACAUUUAAAUCAGACCUAAAACAUCUUAAUCUCCAUAAUUUCUGGACCAUGAGUCUUAAUGACUCUUUAUGCUGGUUUGACUUUAUGUGUCUGGUACACAAUAUUAAUUUGAUCUCCUUUACUAGUUUAAUGUUUGGUGACUCUUUUAAAAUGAGUCUAAAAUUAUGAUUAAGUUGUGAGCUACUUAGUUCAGUACACAGCAAUGAUUUACUGGAAAACUGUUUUCAUAUCUUUAAAUCUCUAGCUAUAGCGAGUGUCUACAGCUAAUUUGCGGAAUGCUAGCAUGCUAACAUACAAGCUGCUAGAGCAGCUAAUUGGCAAGAUACCAGCAUGUUAGCAUUGUACCUGGGUGCAUGAGAGCAUGGUAAUAUCAGCAUUUAGCCAGAAACAGUUUGUCUGAGUCGUGAAGCUGGAGUUAGUCUUGUUUUCAGUCUUGUUUUAUCAUCCCGAUCUACAUAAACCACUAUUGGAGGAAAUGCUCAGUCUGUUUUUCCCCCCAAUUGUUCUCCCAAGCAAAAUCAAUGAUUCUAACCUUGAGUCGUCUUACACUAUCGAUAACACAGUAAGACUCUCAGAAUUGACAGGGAAAGUUAUAAAUCCCAGAUAAAACCUGUUUUCUAUCACACAUUUUCUCAAAAUCUGCAAAACAAAUCUAUUUUUUGGCUGGUAAAUCAUCACUAAGUUGGUUUAUUUUACUUCAUUUUCUUUUGUCUUUUUUCCCCUACUGCUUUUAAUGGUUAUUUUAUUCUAUUUAACUUGCAUUGUUUUGGUAUGAUUUGAUUCUGUACGAUCUUGGCAUUGUUCUUGAUAUCUACGGAUUUAUUUAUUAAUUUUUUUGUGUUGGAGUGAAUCCUUUGUGCCCUAACAUUCGCUGUUGAAAUGAAUCCAUUGAAAACUCAAAAAAAAAAAAAAAAAAAAAAAAGGAUUUAGAGGAAACCAUCCCUAAGUACAAAGUCACACAGUAAGUACAGAUCUUGAUUUCCAAGACCUCAGUUCAGAUCAAUCCACAAACAGAGCUGUGAAAAGCCACAGGCUGAAAACCCACUGAUGCACUGUGACAUCAGUCAUUACUGCAACUGAGUGACAAUAUGACAAACUGCUGUCCCCUGAAGGAUUUAGCCUUUGCCCAUCACGAUUCAUCUUGGCCUGUCUGUCUCAACUCCUCUUUUAUGUCUCCUCACCUCCCUCCCUUCAGAUGGAGACUGUCGGGGACAGAGGAGAGGCUGAGGGUGAAAGGACGAUGAGAGGGGAGUUGGCUCAAGCUUUGGGACAGAGUUCAGUUCUACAUUUCUUCACUAAACUGCGGCGCCAUGCCAGCCUGGAGGGGGCGGGACCUUACUUCAGGAGGUGGAAGUUUGACAGCAGUCACCGAGCUGCUAGCUUGGAUGCUAAAGGUAUGAAUGAAUGUCACAGAUGAGGAAGGGAAGCUUUAAAAAGUACCUCCAGGGUUAGUUCAGUCACCUUACCAGCAGAUUCAGUUGUAUUUACUAUUUUAAUAAUGUGAUGUCAAGAACGGUCUCUGAUUGGCCAACAGACACAACCAUAAUCAUCAAGGAACAUUCAAGUGGACAAGUAAAUGUUUUCUAUUUUAAAAUCCUAAGAAUAAACACAAUAUCAGAUUUAUCACUAUAGAUUUGUGUUGCAUUUGGCAGAGGGUUGUAAUUUCAGGCCGGGCGAGAGCUCAGCUUUUAGUCCCACAGCUACAAAGAGUCUAACUAGCAGCAUUGAAUGGUACUUCUUCGUAAGGUUGUGCAGGGAUUGGGUGAUUUAAGGUUUGUUGAUGCUGUUAAAAAUAGCCUGUCAAAGUUGUUCAGUAGAUUUCAUACAAUCUCUAACAGGAUCUCCCAAGAGAAGGCCAUUUCAGAGACAGAGGGCAGCAAGUGAAACCACUGAUCACACCGAAGAAGACUCCUCUCCUCUUCAAGAUGAGGCUAUUGAGUCUUUCCCACAAACUCCCAAUCAGAUGAGUGGUCUCCAGGCACUCUCUGCAGAGUCUCUGUCUCAUCCUGCCACAGCACCCACAUCCUCAGUCUUCCUCAGCAGGUACAGCCCUUCCUUAGUAUCCCAUGACGUGCAUGAUUAAGUUCCCAGAGAUUUGAAGUAACUUACUGUUAACUCCUUCUGUGUAGGCUUCAACUGGAGGCUAUGGCAGAGGUAGGUAGCAGCAGCAGCAGUAUAAGGAAAGAGGAUCUCAGUUCACCAGUCAGUGAUUGUAAGGCUCAGGAGCCAGAGAGAGCCACUGCAAAUGGACCUGGAGCAGAAAAAGAAACAAAGUUUGGAACAGGUACGGACACAGAAGCAGCAGGAGUGGAGGCUGAAUUUGCAGAAGAAGACGACUUGUUUGGGGAACAGCAAGAAUCUGCCAAACAAGAAAGGUUUGAAGACCUGCUGAGGAAAACUGAAGUCACACAAAUGAAUACUAUGACACCAGAUUUAAGGAAAAAGACCGAGGUGGAUGUAGAAGAUGGAGAUGAAGUAGUGUUGGGAGCUGAAGCCAGACGAAGGACCAACUCAGGCUCUUCUCUCACCUUCAUGAUUCGUCAGGAGAGUUCAGAAACUCCUCCCUCUUUGUACAGAGACAUUUGGAGCUUGAGAGCUUCUCUGGAGCAGUAUGCCUCCUCAGACCAGAGCAGCACAGAUCGAGAGUCCAUCCGCAGUGAUGCUGACAGUGUUUCCUCCCUUGGCGGUGCAGGAGCUCGCUCUGGCCUGGAGAGCUGUUUGUCCCAAGACCUGGAUGAUGAGCCUGAAGGAGAAGGAGAGGGAUUGGAGGGAGGAAUCCGAGGGGCAUCAGGCGGCAAUGGUGAGAUGGGAAGUGGAGCAGGGGGGGAAGUGGAGGCAGGGAACCGCAAGCUCCUUCAGAUGGACAGUGGCUAUGCCUCUAUUGAGGCGCCAUCAAGGGCCCCUGAGGAAAUGCGGCUUUUUGGGACUCCUGGAGUUCCUCGAGGGAAGACAGCAUCGGAAAGAAGGUUGUUCUUCACAAGCUCAGGGAGAAAAGGUUCAGUGUGUGAGAGCAUUGAAGCCCGGCUGUUUCAGGAGGAGUUGGAGGAUGAGAUGACAGACGGAACAGGGACUGAGAAGAAACUCAAAGAUCGUUCUCAAACGGACAGCCAGUCUCUGGUCCUUGAAGAACCAUGUCAACUUCUAAAGUCUUUAAAUCCUCAGAAACCUUUCGAGUCUCAAUCACAGCUUAUUUCCUCACUUAUGAAGCCAAUUCAACAACCAUGUAGUCCUCACAAACCUCGUCUCCGCCGCCGUGACUACAGCAUCGACGAGAAGACAGACGCUCUUUUCAACGAGUUCCUCCGCCAUGAUCCGAGGUUUGAUCAGCAGGAUUCUCCUCUGCGCACUCGGCACCGAUCCAGGGUACACCUCCGAAAACAGUGGCAAAGACACAAGCAAUACAGUGACCCGGGGUCAAGUGCUGGAGGAAGGUACUCCCCUUCUUUGGAGAGGCAGAGGUUUACCCCACUGAGGAGAGGGGACAGUGCAGGAUACCCUCUGGACACCAGGUAUCACAGCACACUAUCACGCAUUGCAAGUGCAGCUGAUGAAGAAGCCAGUGAGGUCGCGGCUAGCGAAGAGGCAGCCAAAGAGAGCACAGAGACCAAAGAUCCAUCGAGUGAAGGAGCCGCAGGGGAAGCUACAGAAAGUACAGCCAGCUCUGAAGGCACAGAUGCUACAAAGAGCUGUGCACAGUCAACAUGCGACGCUGAAGUCUGCCAAGUUUCCACAAAAACGGAGGCAGAAAGCACAAAAAAGCGGUCCUCGACCAGUGUGACUACACAGAAGAGCUUCAUGGAUCCAAGAGUUGACAACAGGAACAACAACAGCAGUCAAGCAAUGCUGUUGGAGGUUUCCCUGCAGACAGAAAACAGCCUGACAGACAAGCUGGUUUUGUCAGUGGAAGAGAGACUCUAUGGCGACCUGCGCUCUGCUGAGACGCUCAGCCAGAGAGGAUCUGAAGGGGUGCUUACUGUGACCAACACAGCCUCACCUGGCUUCAACCCCACAUAGCCUGUCAUCAAUCCAAAUCAAAUUUAUUUCAAAUCCAUCUUUUAGAGACAACAGACUUGAACAAAGUUGUCUAAAGCACUUAAAACAUCAUCACGUUACAUUCUUGGUUAUUCUACGUCCUCUACAUUUGGACAUAUCUUCAGAUGAAUAUGCUCUCAAAACUGAUGCAAAAGACAAGAAUACUAGUCUAAAGGACAGACGGAUCUCUCUGGUGGCCUGUCUCUUCCAGUGUUUUUCAUUCAGAACUCUAUGUCCACUGUGAUGCCAUGUGACACGUGAUGUCCCCGCUUUUUUUUUUUUAUAUCAGUGAUACUUUAAACUCAACUGCACUCAUUCCAUGGCUUUGAAAAUAUAGGCUCUUUAGAUGAAGAAAAGAACAUUUUCAGACUUUACUGUGAAUUUUCAGCAUGCUACUCAGUGUCCUAACAAAGUCUAUGUGAAUAGUAUACAGAUUUAACUUUAAAACAUGAAGCACUUUGACGAGGAGAAAGAUAAUGAUGGAGUUUCUGCCAACCAUUUCUCUCAUACUUAAACCAUAUCCGCCCCAAGUGUCCUUGUCUCCAUCACCAUGAAGGUAAAUGUCUCCAUCAAAAAUCUGAUUUCUGCUUUAGGCAAAAGGAAGAAAAUCAUUUUGAAAAGAUCUUUAUCGAGAACAUGAUAUCAGCAGAUCUGAAACCAUCUGCCAAUACAGCACUAAAAAUAAACGCAUCUCGGAUGUUUAUACUCAUAUUUGAGGAUUUUUAUAGGAUUUUUGUUUAAUUUAUCCCAGUUAGUCAUCAAGAAAAAGGUACAAAAGGAAAUAAAAAGGUAUCCAGAAGCUUCCGUGGGCUUGAGCUGAGUGUUUGUCUCACUGCCGGGACUCUUGGUGAGGGGGAGACUGAUGACACUUUAAAGGACUGACACAGGAGCCUCUCAGGCUUUUACACAGAUGGUCCAUAGACUGAGAGUUGAGGCUGUGAAUGCGGAGGUUGAAACCGACUAGCAGAAACACUGUCGGCUCUGAAACCAAAUAAGAAAAGGAUAAACCUGAUCUUCAUUAUAAUUAAAAUGAAACCAACUAGAAAAAUCAAACAUGAAAAGAUAAAUGUUGAGCUGCUUUGCAGGUCCAGGUCACGUGUUCUUUCAUUCCUGCAAAUGCUGACCUAAAUUUGCUCUGCUGCUGUAAACACGCACCAGAGAACAAAAUGUGUUAAUCCACGGCUAAAGAAAAAUGCCCUGAUAAUAAAACUCUUCCUGGUUUUUGUGUAAUGUUUGAUGCAGCUUUUUAAGAGGUUGUCCAGCUAAUUUGUUGACAGCACAUAUUUGUGAGUCAGUUCUCAAGAUGUCUUCUUCAGAAAUCACCAGGGACUGAAAUUAACGAUGAUACUGAAGGAAGUAGAGAUGAUUGUACAAGUACAGAUACACUUUCUGGUUAUUUUUCAUGAGAUUAGUUAUAAAAAAGGUAAAAUAUAAACAUAAUACCAGCUUUAACUCUCAUAAAUAUUCUAGUUACAUUUAGUCUUAACAUUAUAAUCUUGUAGCUUUUCUUGCUCUCUAUUCUUGUAAGGAUAAAAAGUGUAAUUAAUCAUUCUUCAUUCCUAUCAAAUGACAUCUCUUCAACACGAGAGCACUGCUGCAUGUUAUGUGUGAUAAAGAUUGUCUCAUGGGGAAACUGGAAUUGCUGCAGCUCGUCCCUUUCUCUCUAAAACACAAUUACGUUAGAGCUACAGUACAUGACCAUGUGAAAUCAUUGGAAACUUGUCUUUGUUCUCAUUUAUGGUAAACCAUUGCUCGGCUAGACCUUGUGGGACCAACUGAGGUGAAUCUUGUUUUUUGGACUGAAUUUUUCUGAAUAAAACAAAGGGAAAAAAGAUCGAGUCCCUUAA